AUGACGACUCCACGACGGAAGGCAUGUGUCGAAUGCCGCCAGCAAAAGAUUCGCUGCGAUGUUGAGCAGCACAAGGUCCCGCAUGACCCAUGCGGCCGCUGCAAGAAAAUGGGCUUGGAAUGUCGCAUCCUCCCGACUUCCACCAGGAACCUGCGCCAGACAAAAGCAGAGAUGCGGCGAGAGCUCGAGGAGCUGCGCUGGAACAUGCGGCAAGGCCAGCCGCCCACCGAUCAAAACUACCCGCAUUCAACCGCCUCGCCAAGCGUCGACAUGCAGAACUACACCCCCAUGGAACAUGCUUCUGCCACCUAUUCCGACCCUUCUGGAGGCCGCACCGACGCGUCCGACUCCAUGUCGCCAGCCUUCGACUCGAGGCCCCCGACCAGAAAAGGCUCCGACAACCAGUGCACCAUACCUCGCGUCAUUGACGGCUUCUUGCUCGAUGCAAAGCGAAUCGACGACUGCUUCACCCUCUACUUCACCCAAUACCAUCCCUUGUUUCCCGUUCUGGACCCCAGCGUACCACCCAAUGACUACUACGAACAGUCGCCAUUCCUCUUCUGGGUUAUUGUAGUCACGGGGUCCCGCCGGUACGCUGAGCAUCCCGAGAUACUCGAGAGGACAAGCCAACCAAUCACUCAGCUGGCCUUUUCCUCAAUGGCAUUGCGCACCUCGCAGGUUCCCGUAAUCCAGGGCUUGCUCAUUCUCUGCACAUGGCGAUUGCCCACAAACUCAAUGUACAAGGAUACAACACACCUCAUGUGUGGCUCAGCCGUACAUCUUGCGACCCAGAUAGGCCUGCACAUUGCGGGCGUAGGCCAGGAUUUCGCCAGGACGCCGCUCGAGAAGGACCAAUCACUCAAAGUGCAGCGCGCUAGACUUUGGCUGUGCUGCGUCAUUGUUUCGAUAAGAACGAGCACCGUGGAAGGCAUUCCGCCUCUUGCCGAGUCUUUCUUUGAUGGAGACGAACAAGAUCGGGAGGAUAUGGUCCCUUACCUUCCAGCUGAUUUGCAGUUUCUCCACAAGAUCUACAUCAUCCUCAUGCGUGCCAUGGUCGCCAUGGGCAAGACCAACCUACAAUCCAUCAACUGCGACGUCCGCGUAUUGCGGUCCUUGAUUGGCAUAUUCGACUCGCAGCUUCUCAGCUUGGCUCCGUCAUCUCCAAGCGACCUUGAUACUCUGCAACUAAGCUGUGCCCGUAUACACGUCAUGGCAUUCCACUUCUUCGCGCACCCAACGAACCCCGGGCCAGAUGCGGAGGGCCUGUCCCGGUUUUAUGCAUUGUGCAUUUCAGUCAUUCAGUCAGCAGCGACAAUGCAAACGACACAGAAAAUACCCCUAUCGUCCGUGUCGCAGUCUUUCAUCGACCGAACCAUUACCCUGGCCGGUUUCACAAUCCUCAGGCUCGUCCAAAGUCCACUCGCACAACACCUGGAUGUCAUGGCAGGCGAACGAGCCUUUUCUCAAGCAUACGAAUUCUUGAAGAAUGUGUCUUUGCAACCAGGAGACAUCCAUUUCCGGACAGCGCACAUCAUGAAGGACCUCUGGGGGAGUGACAAGGUGUUCCGUAAGAAGGACGGUCGCGUCGAAUCGCUAUAUCUGAGGCUACGUACUCGAUUGAGCAUGAGCGUUAGUUACGACAUGUUCUGGUACUGGCGAGAAGAGUUUAGCAACAUGCAGAACCCGUACAACGGCGAAGAAGUAUCGCUUCUUGCUAACGAUGCUACUCAGCAGAACGGAUCUCAAUACAUACCACAACAACAGCAGCAGCAACAGCCACAGCAACAACAUCCACAGCCACAGCAACAACAGCAACAUCACCAUCAUCACCAACAACAACAACAACAACAGCAACAGCUGACAGACCCUUCCUUGAGGACACAGCUUUCGAUGAACAAGUUUGAUCCGAGCUUGGUCAAUCCCCAGCUGCAACCAGAUCCUUCAGUGAUGGGUGGUGGUUUCGACACUUGGGAUGGACAAGACUACGGAAUCCCCCCUAUAUUGGACCAAUUCCCGGAUUAUGAUUGGGCUGCCGGGUUUGCGUUCUCGAACGCUGACGUGCCUAGCGUUCCGGUUGGCUCAAUGAACCCAAUGAUGCCUGGACACGGGAACGCACCAAACAUGGGUUACACGUACGGUUAA